AUGGGUGAUGCAAACGACUUGAAGGCUAGGGUUGGUACCACGGCUGCUAAAGUCUACUUUUGGUUGGAUCUGUGGUCGGAAGAUCUUGACGUGAUCACUUCUAUAAUUGAGGAUUGUGUGUUGCUGCUACUCUCCUCUCACGAUAACUCACGUGGCCUUUUUCUUGUUUUUCUUUCUUCAUAUUUUCACAAAACAAAAUAG